GAUCGGGAAGCGUAGAAUCGUGAUUACUAGCUACAGUCAGUAGACAGUUAGCUCGUACACGAAGCGGAUUCACAUCUCAAUGUCGGUCGAUCAGCAAUUUGAAGGGGCUGCAGAAGCUGUAAAGGCGCUUACAAAGCGUCCUACUGACGAGGAGCUUUUGGAGCUUUACGCUUUAUUCAAGCAAGCUACAGUUGGCGACAAUAACACGUCCAAACCCGGUAUGCUGGACUUGAAAGGGAAAGCCAAAUGGGAAGCCUGGAAUAAGAAGAAGGGCACUUCGCAAGAAGGAGCGAAGCAAGCCUACAUCGAUUAUGCCAACCAACUGAUUAAAAAAUAUAAAUAAUUUUAUCUAUCAUCGCCGGUAGUUGCGUUCCUGUUGUAGUCAUGAAUCAAAAGAAAUGUAUUUUUAUAAUUCCUCAAAUAUUAACAUUUUGUUACUUAUUGUAAAUUAAACAUUUAGAAAUUUUUCAUUACGAUUUUGUUGCGUGAAUGUUUGAACUUUUCCUGAUACUACGAUAUUAUCAUUCAUAAUCAAACAGAAAACCAGAUAAAAUAUGUUGUAUCACAUAUGUACUCGUACAUGACACGCAAUCCUUAUCAAUAAGUUACCACGCGAUAUAACGUCCUCCAAUCAUGUUGUAAUGCAGGGCCUCCUUUGUAUGCUUCGGGGCCCCUGCUCUUCAGUUAAUGCCAUAUGUCCAACCAGAAUUUCCUCUGCGAUUUUGUUCGGCUAUCUUUAUCAACUGUCUUAUGAGGAAAUUGUCACUCUGGACUUCCGUCAGCUUUGCAACUUCCAAUUCUCUGAUGAAAAGACAAUAGCGCUAUAUAGAGCGCAGAUAACGAACAAAAAUAAAAGUGAUACAACCUGCCCUUUGAGUGACCGAGGCUCUUUCAGCAGUAGUGUCUUAAUUCCUUUCAUAGGUAGUCGGAUGAGGCGUUAUAUUUACAGCAUUUUCGCAGAAUAACCGUCGAUUCUCGCUAUUUGUUCAUUAACUAUAGCAAUUUUUAAAUUUAGAUAAUUUUGUGCAACAAGAAAGCGCACGCACGCAGAUAUGUUCGCCUUUCCAACCAUAUGUUGUGUUUUAUUUCCACAUAUCUUUCUAAUAUUGGGGUUUU